AUGCUAGCAAUGCUGUGGCGACUGAUGGUGGCGGUGGUGGUGAUAUCGUCGGUGACCUUCCUGUUCUCGCUGGCUCAACUACCAGUGUGCACGCGGGUUCAGGCCUGUUCCGCUCGUGUCGACGUGUUUCCGUUGGCUGAUGACGACUCAUCUGGGUGGGGAUCCGGCGAUGUUCCACUCUAUGAUGAGGCGUUCAACCUCGUCUCCUUCGACUAUUCGCAAACGCCGGAGACAAGCACCUAUCAGUUGUGCGAAUGUAUAAAUAACAAGACCUGUGAUAGUGAGAAAGAACAGAGGAUUAUCCAACUAGAUGAGAGUGUCAAGCUAACAUUUUGUGAAGACGUCGAGCUUCAAAUUCCUCUGAAAUGCAAAGGUUCGCGUGGGUUGCCACGAGUGAUCGGUAUCGCUCAUCCUUCAGGUGAGACAAUAUCGGUGGUGAGCUCAACGGCUGUGUUCUGCACAUGUCCGUUCGGCUACGAGCGGCUUCGACCGGAAUACUGGAGUGGAUCGGAGAUCUCGAUCAGCUACAAGUGUAAACGAACGAGUGGACCAAGCGUUCCCCAGACGUGA